AUGGCAAAAAAUUCCCUGGAAGGGUCUAAAGAAGACCUGAGCAAAAUUUCGGAAGAGGAGAUGUUGAGGUGGAGCAAGGAAGAGCUGGUGAAAAGACUGAGGAAAGUGGAGAAUGAAAAGAUGAACUUAAUGGUGGAACACGGCAACUUAAUGAAGGACGUGAACCGGCGGCUGCAGCUCCACCUGCACGAGAUCCGCGGGCUGAAGGAGGUGAACCAGAAGUUGCAGGACGACAACCAGGAGCUGAGGGAACUCUGCUGCUUCUUGGACGACGACCGGCAGAAAGGCAAGAAGCUGUCGAGGGAAUGGCAGGGCUUCGGGAGGGACACGGCCAGGGGGAACCUCAACGGCGGCUCGGCCACCAGGGACGUGGGGGACGGGAGCAGCACCUCCAGCACGGGCAGCGCGGGCAGCCCCGACCACCAUCACCACCACCUCCACCACCACAAGGCCGGCGACAGCAAGGCCGGUGCCAUGCGGAGGUCCAUGGACGACCUGUCCGCGCCCCUUCACCACCGGAGCAUCCCCAACGGCCUCAAUG